AUGUCGCCAGUCUCACUCGCUAUACCAGAUCCUUCCAUGCGUAACAGCAACCAGUGGUCGUUGUUUCUAUAUGCCGGGUAUGUCUAUGAUCCUGAAGCUCUGUGGCAAGGUCUAUUGAGAAGCGACAUACUUAUAUGUGGUUUCAAACACGUAUUCACUUCGCCAAGCUCUGUAGAAAAGGAGCCAAAAGCCAUGCGCUCCGGUAACACAUACCUCCAUGGGAUGAAGUCCGUGAUGAAAGGAUCACUGGCUUAUAUUGCCACACAGGUUCAAUUUUCAUUGAGCUCCUCAUCUGUAUUUUCAUGCACAGACAUGGUUACGGACUCGGAAAACUUCUAUCACAGUAUUCUUGAUCUAUUAGAAGAUCCUGACAAAAGUGAGGAAGUAGCUGACCUGAUGACAUGGUGGACACAGUUUUCGCAUUUUCCCUAA